UUGCUUCUUAUAUCCAAUUUGCUUCUUAGACCCACGGAACCUUCUGGAUUCUCUCCGUCACACCUAGAAGCUAAAACAAAUUGCUUCUUAUAUCCAAUUUCAGACAUAUCUAAGCCAAAGCUAAACUCUUAAGAAAAUAACACCAUGGCUGAUGCGUUUUUUGGGUACCCCUUCAGGCGCUUCUUCUUGAGCCCUACGAUCUUCCGUGAAUGGUCUGGAUCGACGGCCCUCAUGGACUGGCUCGAAUCCCCUAAUGCCCACAUCUACAAGAUCAACGUUCCAGGUUACAGCAAAGAUAACAUAAAGGUGCAAAUAGAGGAUGGUAACGUUUUGCACAUAAAAGGAGAAGGUGGGAAAGAGGAGCAGCACAAUGCAAAAGACACUGUUUGGCUUGUAGCUGAGAGAGGGACAGGAAAGGAAGAGUUUUCUAGGGAAAUUGAAUUGCCGGAGAAUGUGAAGGUGGAUCAGAUUAAGGCCCAAGUAGAGAAUGGUGUUCUCACUAUUACUGUCCCAAAAGAUACUACCCAAAAGUCAUCCAAAGUUAGAAACAUCAACAUUACUAGCAAGCUUUGAGUUUUAGGGCUUGAGCUAGAAGCCCAGAAUGAUGGUUUGAGAAUAAUAGUGGAUGGUCUCUAAAAUGUAAUGUAUAAUGUAUGGGAUAUUAUGUGUAAUAAAAUCGACUCCAAUAAUACAAAUGACGUCUUUUCUGGGUUCA